AUGAGUAGCACUUCCGUGCUGCCACCCCGCGCCUCGGCGGAAGAAGAGAUGGAGCAGCUGCAGGACCUUCCUGACGGAAGCGGUCAGAUCUCUCCGGCCGGCAGCGUCUCGAAAGGCUCUUUCCUGGCGUCUCACAGCCGCCAGAAUAGCUCUAGAACAAACUCUGCCAGCCAGAUCUCUCCAGUCAUGAGCCCCAGCGACUCGCUUCGCAGCUACGUCUCCAGUCCUGCUGGAAGUAUGUCCAACCUUUCCCGGCAGGUCUACCUGAUGGGCCAGCAAAAUCCCGACUCGAGAUGGACCGGCGAUCUGGGAUCGAUGCCAGUCCUUAAUGGCCGAGACUACGAGACAUUUGUGGCCAACUCGAGUGGCCACGCGACCAGCUCGGUGCACAGCCAUUCGGGCGUGAUGACUCCAGCAGCAGGCUUCUUUGAGGCCCCUACCGACUCAUACUUCGGCAACGCAGCGCUCAGGUACCGCAAACCGUUUGCACAGCGUGUGCUCAGGCCGGGCGAGACGGUCGAAAAGCCUUGGCUGGAAGACAAGCAGCGCAAAUCCUCCGACCGAAAGGCGUACUGGAUCUUCAUCGUUGGCGUUUCGCUCGGCUUGAUCGGAGCCGCGUUGCUGAUGUACUUUGCCCAUGCAGCUGUCCCCAGGGACAAGUACUGCCUUGUCUUGAACGAGCAGUUCGAGGGCAGCACGAUCAACAAGGACAUCUGGUUCCACGAGAUCGAGUCCGGCGGCUUUGGCAACGGGCAAUUCGAAUGGACCACCGACUCAUCCAACAACUCGUUUGUUGAGGACGGAAAGCUCUACAUUGUUCCUACCCUGACAUCCGACGCGCUUGGAGACGCGGCCAUCACCAAUGGCUACACGCUCAACCUCACCGCUGCUGGCGCCUGUACAGCGGCCAACAAGUCUGACGCCAACUGCGCCGUGGUAUCCAACGCGACCACCGGUGUCAUUCUUCCCCCGAUCCAAUCCGCUCGGUUGAUGACCAACUUUUCGCGCAGCAUCAAGUACGGUCGAGUCGAGGUGAAAGCACGCAUGCCCACCGGCGACUGGAUCUGGCCCGCGGUAUGGAUGAUGCCCAAGGACUCUGUCUACGGAGCUUGGCCUCGUUCCGGCGAGAUUGACAUCUUCGAAGGUCGCGGCAACGUGCCCACCAAACGUGACAGCGAGGGUACCAACCAAAUGAGUUCGACGCUCCACUUUGGACCCAACCCGCUCUUCGACGGUUAUGGCUAUGCCACCCACUUGCGCAACCUGUGGAGAGAUUGGUUCAACCAAGGCUCGCAUACGUUCGGACUCGAAUGGACCGAAGACAGGCUGUGGACGUGGGAGCACUCGCGCGUGUUCAAGAACCUAGACGUCGAAUUUGGCGACGGUGGCUUCUGGAAACGCGGUCGAUUCCCGACGCAGAUGGCCAACGGAACGUUGCUAUCCGACCCAUGGCCGACGUCGUCGUCACAGGGUACCAACGCCAACGCGGCACCGUUUGACCAAGAGUUCUACUUGAUCCUUAACGUGGCUGUCGGCGGCACCAACGGCUACUUCAAGGAUGGUCAGGGUGACAACAAGCCGUGGUCGAACGAUGCGAAGAACGCGGCGGGUCAGUUCUGGCAGUCGAAGGACAGGUGGCUGCCCAGCUGGCCCAAGGAUCCGAAGCAGCGCGAUGAUAUCUGCCUAUCUCGCAAGCUCACCUGCUCGUUGUUCCGUUUGCACAUUCUCACGUUCGCUGACAUUGUCUUGACUGAUGACAGCGUCCAUAAGCGCUGCUCUGUGAAGUAG